CGGGGCCGGGAGAGCGCUUCCAGCGGCGGAGGCGACCGCGGGGGUUCCCAAUCAGGUCCGCUCCAUCAGGCACCGCUGGACCGGCGGGGGGGAGGUGGAGCCAGCGGUGCGGUUCUCAACCAGGUCCGCCCCGUCACCGCCACGGAGGGUCUCCCGUGCCCGGGAGGUGAGCGAGGGGCUGUGCCCGCUGCUGCCGUCCCUGCAACGCCAGCAAAACAGCGGUUUUAACAGCUCGCCAUCUGCCGCUUAUAAACCCACUGCUCCCACUCCCUGCGCCGCCCAGGAGCGCUCCGGUCGCCCCAGCGUUUUGGGAGGAAACGGGGCUUCUUACUCUUUGCCUCGUCCCAGGGUGCCAUGAGGGAGAAGAACGGGUUCUGCUUCAAUGAUGGGAACGUGGAAGAGCCCCUGCGUGCCAAGGACGGAGGCAAAUCCCACCACCCAGAGGCGCCUGGAGAUUCAGGCAGAAGGAUGCACGUAAGAGUUCUGGGCAAGCAGCCCACGCUCCAUCCAGUGUGGGUCGUGGUGCUGGCUGUGCUGGUGGUUCUGGUGCUGGCUCUGGCCGUGGCUGUUGCUGUACUCGCAGCAGGAAGAUGUGGAGGGGAUCCAGCUGUGCCUGCGGCUCUGGUGCUGGCCUGUCCUGAUGACUGGGUCUGGUACCGCAAUGUCUGCUACUACCUGUCGAGGGCUGAGGGGAGCUGGGAGUGGAGCCAGGAGCAGUGCUCCUCGCAUGGGGCCUCGCUGGCCAUGCCCCGGAGGGAGGGGGAGAUGGAGUUCCUCUGGCGCCUCAAGGGCAACGUUGAUUACUGGCUUGGGCUGCGGAGACAGGGCGAGCGCCUGCAGUGGGUGAAUGGCAGCAGCUUCAACCAGACGUUUGAGGUCCACGGCCAAGGAGAGUGUGCGUAUUUGUACGACGGGGCUGUCGCGAGUGCAGGCUGCUCCCAGUCACGGCCGUACAUCUGCAGCAAGCCCCAAGCACUGAUGUGAGAAAGAAACUCGCUGCCAGCUCUCGUGAGAUGAUCCUGCAGGUUUUGAGAGGUGGUGGGAGCUGCCGAGUGCCUGCCUGUGCUGGGACCUCAAGGACGGAGCUGGUUUCUUUCCCCUCCUGGGACCACACCAGAACUCAUCUUGCUCCUCUCUCACAUCACACCUGAUGCACUUACUGCCAGAUGAGCUGGGCGCAGAAAGGUCGGUGCAGGUCCCUGUCCCUCUGCAGGGCAGAGGGGACACAGAGCCAGGGGGUGAAGUGGCCCAUGUGGGGCUCCCAUGAGAGUUAGAGUCUGAGUCAUGCUGAAGGUUUUGUUUUUUUUUUCUGUUUUUUAUUGCUUAUUAAAAUAUGAUGUUUUUCUAUGGGUGUUUCUCUCCUGCUGGAGGCAGCCCUGUCCCCUCCCCUCCUUGCCCCCGGGGGCAAUUUCCAUCCUGUCUUUGGGAGCAUUGGAGGACACGGCUGUGAGGGGGCGGCUGCCCCCUGGGGUCUUCUCCCUCCAGCCCUGGCAGUGUGGGGUGCUGGUGGUGGGAGGAGGGUGGCUGGAGCCCCCCUCCCUCCCUUUAGGUACUGGAAGUGGCUCCAAGGUCUCCCUGGAACCUUCUCUUCUCCAGGCUGAACAACCUUGUGCAGUUUCAGGUUCCUCAGCUGGUCUUGAACAUGUUCUUCUCCUCCAGUGGGGGCUCCCUCAUUCUCCUAGUCCCUGCCUUUGCCGUCUGCCACGUGGGUGUUGUGGCUGGAGCCGUGGCUGGUGAAGCCCAAGGCAAAAAAAGUCAUUGAGCAUCUCCGCCUUGUCCGUGUUCCUGCUGACCAGAUCUCCCCUUUCCUUCCAAAGUGGGCUCACAUCUUCCCUAGUCUUCCUCUUGUCAUUGAUGGACCUACAGGAGCUUUUUCUUGUGGCCCUUGAUGUCCCUGGCCAGAUUUGACUCUCUCUGGGCUUUAGCGUUCCUUACCUGGUCCCACGCUGCUGGGACAGUUUCUCUGCAUUCCUCCCAGGCUACCUCUCCUUGCUUCCACCCUCUGUAGACCUCCUGUUACUGUUUGAGCUUGUCCGGGAGCUCUUUGUUCAUCCAUGCGGAUGGACUUUGCCCGACCUCCUCUUCGUUAGGAUGCUUUGCUCCUGAGCUUGGAGGAGGUGAUCCUUGAAUACCGACCAGCUUCCUGGGGCCCCUCUUCCCUCCAGGGCUUUAUCCCAUGGAACCCUUCUAAGCAGGUUCCUCAAGAGGCCAAAGUCGGCUCCGAAGUCCUGGGUAUUGAGCUUACUGUGCGCCCUCCUCGCUGCCCUGCGGAUCUGGAAUGCCACCGUCUCCUGGUCCCUGUAGCCAAGGUUGCCCUUGAGCUUCACAUUCCCCACCAGCCCCUCCUUGGUGAGAAGAAGGUUCCAGGAACCUCCUGGGUGGCUUGUGCCCUGCUGCGUUGUCCUUCCAGCAGAUACCGGCGUGAUUGAAGUCCCCCAUGAGGACCAGGGCCUGUGAACGUGAGGUGGCUCCUGUCUCUCUAUCGAGGGCCUCAUCCGCUCGCUCUUCCUGGUCAGGUGGCCUCCGGCAGCCAUUGCUGAAAUGUCACCUGUCCUUGUCCUUAAGGACCCUUCUGCCCUCUGUUUAAAUACUUUAUCUGUCUCCAGUUGAGGGGAAAUGAGGACCUCAGUUAUUAAUAGCGAUUGCAGUUAAUAACUCAUUCAUCUACAGACAACAUGAGUAUGUGUUGGCGGGCAUAAAGUUGACGGUGUAUUCACCAAACCGAACAAGCUCUACAAGAAACAGGAGUGAACAGGGAAACGUCCCCUGUAAGAACGUGCAGCUGAACAGACCAAGGGCCAUCUUAGUACACCGCAGUGGAAAAACAGCCUUUAAUCAGCACCAGUAGCCUAAUGAGUCGUGUGUCUUAAUGAGGAUGAGGGUUAAAUCCCACAAAGGAGCCCGGGAGAGGCUGCUUGUCACCGAGAGCUGCAUCAUUUCUCUUCUCCACCGCUCACCAGUGGGGGGUUUCCUCUGUCUUGGUUUUCAUUACCUCUUUUUCUCCUUUUUUCUUCCCCAGAGGCGACUUUACCACAGGGGUUUAAAGCUUCCUAUUGGCUACAGCCCUCGUAAACGUAUUUCUUUGCCACGUCAGCGGUGCAGCAGGUGCAGCUAUGAUAUAGCGCAGAAAAAAAUCCUUAUUUCUAGUUUUACUGCUGACAAAAUGUGGUUUGAAACUGCCUUCAGCAAAGCCAGGAGGCGGCUGCCGAGGGCUCUGCCCUGGCUGUUUCCAUACCCAGCACUGGGUGCACAGAGGGGGUUUGGCAUCAACAUAAGAGACAACUCUGGAGAGGGAAAAAUAAAUCAAAUAGAAAUAAAAUAUAAGGUGUUUAUGCGGCCGCAUCCUGGAAAAUAGCAUGAGAGCCCCACUCUAGGGCUUUUUCUCUAAAAGCUUCGGUUCCUCCUGUUUGGGAGUUUCCUGUCGAUGCUGCAGAGAAUCACAGAGGAAAUAAUAAGAGGCUACAGUUUCAUUUCUGAUGAAUUGCACAGGCUUUAAUUAACUUCUCACUUCUGCUUUCGGUCUGCUGUGCCUGCAGAAACCAUCUUAACUUCUCCCCAGCCCUCCCGAGGCCGCUCAGCACUGGACCCUUCUCCUCGUGCCGUGAUGCCGGUGGGCUUUUCCCCUUCCAGUUGGGGUCUCGCCUUUCCGUUCUGUCAUGUUUCUGCCCAAUUUCUGCCUCCAGGCAAUUACUGACGGGGUUACUCGUGCUCUCACGAGUGGUUUUGAGGGCAGGAUGGGCCCUGCCUCUGCAUCAGCCCCAUGUCAUCCCCGGUGGCAGAUGACACCCCGCUUCAUUGUCACUGCUCAUAUGCUCGUGGAUGAUCUCACCCUCUUUAUUUUUAAUUCCCUGCUGCAGCGGAAAAAGCAGAAGCAUCGGUCUUGGGUUUUCCAGGGAGAGAUUGAGACGGGUGAGAGGUGGUUUUUAAUUUUCAAAGGGUUGGAAAGGUUACUCACGCUCCUGUGCUGCCUCUGCAAGACCAAAAUAGGGAAAACUUGUUCUUAGUACUUAAUCUUCUUUACCCGAGCCAUUUCUGGUGCUAUGAAGGGUUUGUCGCCUGGAUUCGGGUUCCAGUCCCUCAUUAACUGGUGGCCAGUUCUUGGUAUAUUGCCCAGGCAAACACUGUGACCAAAGGACUUUGUCACCCCUGCAGUCUCCUCCCAGUUUGGUGCUCAGGGCAGAAGCUCGGUGCCUGCCCCACGCUGGCACCCCCAAACCCCCCUGUUGAGGAAUGGCUAUAUGAGAACGGGCACGGCGCCAUGCAGGAUUGUCAGAAGUAAGCUAUGCCUGCCUGCAUUGAAAAUUCCGAGUUACGCUGAUAAGGAAGAUGCUGAAGGCCGUGCUGACCUUGCUUAAGUCAGAUAAACAACUUUGAGAAAGUAGACUGUGAGAGAACAGGAACAAACCCGGACCCAAGAAACCGCAUGUAGGAGGAGUAUGAAUAAUGUAAUCUUUAGUGCACAGCCAAUAGCUGUAAGACAAGUAGGCAUAUCUAAGUAUAAGAGUAUAAAAGUCUGAUGAUGCUGCAAUAAAGCUGAA